GUGGCUCCUCAGCAGUGCUGCAGCUCCUGGUCCUGUACGGAUCCAGAGAUCGGGGUCUCCUCACCUGGGCCCGUGUCUCGGGGCCCUGCAUCUCCCCCGCAGACUCGCAAAGCCGACCGCCUGAGGAGGAUGGUUCGGUUGGCCGCGGAGAUGCUCCUGCUCGUGGGACUUCUCACCUUGACCGUGCACAUCACAGUGAUGAGGAGCAGCCCAGUACAACAUGGAAAUGUGACCUUCACCAUGGACCAGAACACCGUACAGUCCGAGGAUGAAGUCAAUGGGGAGAGCUUAUCAGCCCGCUUGUCCUCAGACCAACAGGCACCAUCACAGCCCAUUGCCCAGGCCCCAGGCACCUUCCUCCUGGACCUCCACAACCUUCCUGACCUUUCCACAGCAGACAUGAACAGGGAGAACCCUAACAUUCAGGUGACCAUCGAGGUGGUGGAUGGCUCUGAUGGGCCAGAACCAGACAUGGGGAUCCACAAGGAGACUGAGCCCAACUGGGCCUUUCCGAGCUGGAGGAACUGGUGGAGCCGCACAUCGUCUGCCGUGGCCGCCCCUCGGAGAGCGGACAAUAUCCGGGGCGCUGGCUACAAUGGCAGCCCUGAAGAGGGCAACUUCCUGAAGCCGCUGUGGGGACAAAACCGGCAUGAGGGCAAGGUUCAGGCAGAGUAUGAUGACAUGGAUGGGGAGGGUGACUGGACCAGCUGGUCAGCCUGCAGCGUGUCCUGCGGCAGCGGGAACCAGAAACGUACCCGGUCCUGCGGCUAUGCCUGCACGGCAACUGAGUCUCGCACCUGCGACACAGCCAGCUGUCCCGGUGUAGAAGAUGCUUUCAGAACUGCUGCUACGGAAGUGAGCCUACUUGCGGGAACGGAUGAGUUCAACGCUACAGAGCUUUUUGGUGUUGACACAGACAGCUGUGAGAGAUGGAUGAACUGCAAGAGUGAGUUCCUCAGGAAGUACUUGCUGAAGGUGGUGAGCGACCUGCCCAGCUGCCCCUGCUCCUACCCAACCGAGGCAGCCUAUGGCACGACGGUCAUCCACGAUACUGCCACACGCAGGGACUUCCGCUGGAAGGACGCCAGCAGUCCCAAGGAGAAACUGGAGAUCUAUAAGCCCACGGCGCGCUACUGCAUCCGUUCGGCGCUGACUCUAGAGUCGGCCACGCUGGCCGCCCAGCACUGCUGCUACGAUGACAACAUGAGACUAAUAACUCGUGGGAAGGGUGCAGGAUCGCCUAAUCUCAUCAGCACCGAGUUCUCUGAGGAUCUGCACUACAAGGUGGAUGUCCUGCCAUGGGUCAUCUGCAAGGGCGACUGGAGCCGGUACAACCAGGCACGGCCACCCAACAAUGGCCGGAGCUGCCACGAGAACCCAGCAGAUGAGGACUACCGCAAACAAUGCGAAGAGGCCAGGGAGUUCUGAGCUUCCUUGUAAUAAACAUGUGGAGGCAACUUGACUGAGAAACUUUUUCACUGGGCCGUCCCUUUUGAUAUACUGACAGUAAUUUACUUUUAAAGAAACAGCAGCAAAAGGUACAAAGCUUUGCCAAACAUCUAUAUACUAUACAGUAUAUAUAUCAAUGUGCAUACACACGGAAGAAAUAAACUCAAGAAUGGACGUUAAAAAAAAACGAAGCAACACCAAAAUCAGCCAUGAUAGUUUUUUUUUUUCAUGGUAUGAAAAAUAACUUUAAGAGAAAUCUCACAGAUUCUGUAGAUAAUUUUGAACACUACCUUAAAAUACAUGCAAACAUAUGCACAUACAUGCAUAAUAAAUACAUACAUAAUGUCAAGGGCCAGAGGGAUGAAAACAGAUGAACAGAUACCCUCCCAUUGUUUUACACAAAAACAUGGCCUCCAUUGCUUCUUUUUACUGCAAUUGUCAUAGGAAACAGCAAGG